AUGGCUGCGGUUAUACAAUCUGCGCCUCCCGUAGGAGAAACGAGUGACAGAGCCUUCAUCAACGAUGUAGAUCAGUGGGUGGAACAGCUAUACGAGUGCAAGCAGCUCUCUGAAAGCCAGGUCAAAACCCUUUGUGAAAAGGUAAUAAGAUCAUUUUUCUUUUUUUUUUUUGAAUAAUAAAAUUCUUUAGGCGAAGGAAAUCCUUGAAAAGGAAUCUAACGUCCAGGAGGUCAGGUGCCCCGUCACAGUGUGCGGUGAUGUUCAUGGACAGUUCCAUGACCUGAUGGAGCUUUUCAAGAUGGGUGGAAAAAGCCCGGAUACGAACUAUUUAUUCAUGGGGGAUUAUGUCGAUCGCGGGUACUAUUCGGUUGAGACAGUGAGCUUGCUCGUUUGUCUGAAGGUAAGAUUUGAAAAAAAAAAUGAAUACGCUUGUAUAUCUUCUUUUUUUUUAGGUCCGUUACAAGGACCGUGUGACUAUUCUGCGCGGAAAUCAUGAGUCUAGGCAAAUUACUCAGGUUUGUUGAUUUUAUAUCUAACUCUUCAACUGUAGAACUCGCUAGUCAAGUUGUUCUCAUCAAAUUAGCUAUAAUAUCUUGUUUAUGAAUCAUCUGUAUUCAGAAAGUCACCUUUUCUGAACACUGAACUUAAUUUAGGCCUCACAUAAUCUUGCAUAUUUUCUUUCGAAAAAAUUUUAUUGUAAUGAAAAUCGCGAUGUUCUUCUGCGAAAUUAUGGUUAAUUUUUGUAUAUACCAUGGAUCGAAUCAUUUUUCAAAGUGAAGGAAGCUCAUUGCCGACAGGUUUUCUGAAAGUCCUAUGUUCAAUAUUUAAAAUUUGAUGACGAAUAUGAUUAUUUUGACCUGCUUUAUUUAUAGGUGUAUGGGUUUUACGAUGAAUGCCUGCGAAAAUAUGGAAAUUCAAACGUGUGGAAAUAUUUCACCGAUUUGUUCGACUGUUUUCCGCUCACCGCUCUUGUCGAUGGGCAAAUUUUCUGUCUUCACGGUGGUCUUUCUCCUUCUAUCGACACUCUUGACCACAUUCGUGCGUUGGAUCGCAUUCAAGAGGUUCGAGUCUUUUCUGAUGUUUCAGAUUUAUUCUCAUUUUUGUUCUUUUACAUUACCUCUACUGAACUUUUCUGUUGUAGGUCCCUCACGAAGGUCCAAUGUGUGACUUACUGUGGUCGGAUCCAGAUGAUCGCGGUGGCUGGGGAAUUUCCCCACGAGGCGCCGGAUACACUUUCGGACAAGACAUUUCCGAAACCUUCAAUCAUACCAACGGGUUAACUCUUAUUUCAAGGGCGCAUCAGCUUGUUAUGGAGGUAAGAUAUGAAUAUAUUAUAAAAAUAUAUAAGUUGUUGGAAGUAUCAUAUAAGUAGAUGUUCGAGUUUUGAAAAAAAUCAUAAUUAGGAUUGAUUAAAAAAAAAAUAGACGGAAAAAAGUUAAAAUCAUUUUUUGUAUUGAUUUAUUUUUUUGAAAUCUCACCCUCUUUGAGGUUUUCGAAAAUAGAGUGAAUAAUUUCCUAUUUAGAGUUUUCAAACUAGGUUUUUGACUAAUUUUUUGUUUCAUAUUAAACGAACUUUUUUUUCCAAGUCACUGCAGACCAAAUUUCUAAGUAAAUUCUUAUAAAGUAGUUUUUGAUGGAAAAGAAAAUUUACUUACUUUUCUUGUGACUUUUUUUCAAUAUUAGACGAAAAUUAAUUCAUUUAGAAAUGAAGAUAAAUCAUCUUCACGAUAAGUUAUUUGCUUAAAAAUAAAAACCCGAAUUCGAAGUUUUUAAUUGCAUUUUUUCAAAACUUGGUGAAGAAAUGGUAAGUUCGUAUAAUUCAGGGCUACAACUGGUGCCACGACCGGAACGUUGUAACCGUGUUCUCUGCACCCAACUACUGCUACCGUUGCGGCAACCAGGCGGCGAUGGUAGAACUUGACGACGAUCUCAAGUACUCAUUUCUGCAAUUCGACCCAGCUCCUCGCCGCGGAGAGCCGCACGUCACCCGCCGAACUCCCGACUACUUCUUGUGA